UAAGACACUUGGUACAUUUGAUACGACAGAAUAAUUUAUCAAUUCAAGGGGCAUGUUAUAAAUAAUGCCUUAAUUUUACAUUUCGUAGAAGACCCUUUCAUGUAUUUUGGUGAUCAUUUAUUAGGGACCCCAUAUACAUUUCCUAUUUACACAUGAAAAUUUCAUAAUUGUUAAUUUUUCGCUUAUUCAAUAAUUUUCUAUUUCUACACGUAAUCUUUUUUAACUUUUUUCUUCAUCUUUCUAAAUGACAGUGACACGCAUUUUAAAUGACAAUCAAGAAGCCAUUGUUGGUAUCUUUGAAAAAAAGACACCAGAUAAACUCGUUUUAAUUGUUCACGGUGAACAAGGCCAUAAGAACGCACUUUAUCAUAGUGCUUUGGCAGACCAAUUGCCUUACUCAACUUUUCGUUUUGAUUUCCACGGUCAUGGAGAUAGCGAGGGACAACCAGGUUAUAGUCAUAUUUCUGAAAAUGCUGCAGAUAUUCAUGCAGUGGCUAAGCACUUUGAGUCUCUUGGCUAUGAAAUUUUUGCAAUCAUUGCUUAUGGAAGGGGUUCUCUCAGUGGAUUAAAGUACGCUACAUCCUGUGAUAAACCCUUGUCUCACUACCUGAAUAUUGCCGCACCCUAUGACACCGAACCUGAAACAGAUGAUGGCGUAAGAAGACUUUUUCGAUUGGAAGGUGUAUCAAAGGGAUGAACUUAUUCCCAUCAAGACUAGUAAAAAGGAUACGGAUGCGUAUAUUGCUUGGGAUAAUUCUCACGUGAUGCGUAUGCCCAAGACAACAUGUGUCCUUACAAUCCAUGGCUUAAACGAUGAGGUAAUACUGUCUAAUUUAAAUAGGAAACUCCACUUAACAAC